CGCGUGCGCCGCCGCCGGCCACGCGCGCAUCGCGCGGGCCGUCCGGUCGCGCGCCCCGCCGUGGACGUGGCCGACGCAGACCCGCUCCGGGCGCACGCCGCCGAUCUCGAGCACCGCGACCCUCAGGAAGGUCUCGAGGCGGUCGAACGUGCCGACGACGACGUCGUCGCGCCGGAUGUUCGCGGCGGCCCGCGCGAGCGCGGCGCCGACGUCGUAGGCCGGCGCCGCGUACGUCUGCGACAGCACCGCGAGCGGCGACGGCUGCAGGUUGCCGUGCACGCGGCAGCCCUGCCAGCGGCACUUCACAUAAAACGACACGUUCGCCGGCGAGGGCUCCGCGGGCGCCUCACGAGGACCGAAGAAGUAGAACGCGCUCACGAGGCGCGCCACGGGCUCGCGCACGACGACGAAGACGCGGAUGGGCGCGACCGGCGCCACAAAAGGGAUGCGGAUGGUCUUGUCGUAGUUGACGUGGAUCUCCCAGCCCCGGUCGACGGCGUCCUCCGCGGCGCGGCGCUUGUCGCCGAGGCACGUGGCCAGCGCGGCGCGCCCGCCCACGCCGUAGAUGAGGGGCGCGCGCUCGCCCUGGUACUCGCCGCACCGGCCCUUCCAGAACCAGCGGCCCCGGUCGCAGAUCCGGCCGAAGAGCGCGCGCUUGGCCGUCGCGGAGCCGCUCUUCUUGAGCUUGAGGAAGACGGGGAAGGGGUCCGGCACGACGGCGUCCGCGUGGGCGGCGAGGCGCUGGUCCGGCGGCACGCCCACCCGCGCGGCGCCGAGCAGGGGCAGGAGCGCGAGGCGCCUCAUCCCACGGGCAGCCCCAUCCGUCGUGCUGACCGCGUUUCGUGCACCACGGUGGUAAAUGAAUGCUGCGCCGCCCGCGCGCGGGAUCCC